ACAGCAAUCAUCAGCCUACGGUCAACAGUCAUUCGCACAUACCAACGAAACUUUGAAAGACAUUUUUCAACCAAUCUCAAUCAACAAUGAAGUUCACCACUUUCGUUCCCUUCCUCCUUGCUCUGGGAGCCACAGCACGGCAAACCGCCCCCGUUGUGGGUGAGGCUGUGCUCGAUCUCUCCGCAGAUCGCCCAAGCCAUGCCGACGUUGAACGUUCUGACGUUCAGCUCGUGGGUACCAACUCUCGCAACCCACGUAGUCUCCGAAGCGGAAACCUCCUCAAGCGUGAAUGCCAGGGAGCAAACAGCUAUGGCUGCUCUGCUAAGGGUUGGUGCUGGAAGGAAUGUGGCAGUGGUAACUGGUGCUGGACUGCUCACAAUGGCGGCAGUGGCCAGUGGAUUUCAUGCGGCGGAGCCGGUGACUGCAACCGUAACCAGGCUUGCAGCAUUGGAGGCUGCAAGGAGUGCGGAUGCAGCGGAUGCACCAAAUAAGUUGAGGUAGCAUGUGGGGUUGCGUUUAGAAGGUGUGCAUAUCGCUUAUAGCAAAGAGUACAGCUGCUUGAAGGAUCCAGAGAUGGGGGCGAAGUUCAACUGCCGGUAUAAGGAUAUCCUCUACCCUUUACGUACUACCAAUCAUAUACUAUACCUUCA